UCCUAUAUAAGAUUUGCAAGCCCAGGUCACAAGAUGAACACUAGUCAUUUUCAACACACUUUGGAAAUCCCUGUCUUACUAAAUAAAGGUCUGGGAUGCCAGCCAUGUUCCCCAGCAAUGCCCUUCUUUUCGUACUAUGUGUUGUCCACCUGCUCUUUUCUGCAUCUGCCCUACCGUUUGACCAGGGGAGUUUCUUGGACUUUGGGAUGGAUGCUAAUGAGGAGGGUCAAGCAAUGAUGAGAGAUGUAGAGGAUGGUUCUGCCGGAGGGGCAAUAUCCUUUCCUGAAGAGAUUGUCUGUCCUUUCUCCUGCAUUUGUUUCAACAUGGUCGUGCAGUGCUCUGACCUGAAUCUACAUUACAUUCCACGGGAAAUCCCCCAUGAUACAAGACUCCUGGAUCUACAGAAUAACCUGAUCGUAGGAUUAGGAGAACAUGACUUUGAGGGGCUUAGCAACCUUGAAACAUUGGUGCUGGAGAACAAUCAGAUAUCCAUGGUGCACCCACAAGCUUUCCAUCCCCUUAAGAAGAUGAAGAAACUCUACAUCUCGCACAACCUUCUGACAGCUAUCCCGAAAAACCUGCCCACCAGCCUGGUGGAACUACGUGUCAAUGACAACCGCAUCAAGAGGGUGCCUCACGGAGCCUUCUCUGGACUAGACAAAAUGAACUCAAUUGAAAUGGGCAGGAAUCCCAUCCAGAACAGUGGCUUUACACAUGGUGCCUUUUAUGGACUCACGCUCAACUACCUUCGCAUCUCUGAGGCCAAACUCACAGCAGUGCCAAAAGACCUUCCUGAUAGUCUGCAUGAACUUCAUCUGGACUACAACCAAAUCAAAGCCAUAGAGCUGUAUGACCUCAGUCGGUACACUAGUCUGAUUAGACUGGGAUUGGGCAACAACAAAAUUCUCACUAUUGAUCAUGGCAGCCUGGCAUACCUUUACAACCUCAGAGAGCUGCACCUGGAUAACAAUCGCCUCUCUCAGGUUCCCACAGGACUGCCUUACAUGACGCAACUGCAGGUGGUCCACCUGCAUGGCAACAAUAUCAGUGAAAUUGGGUUAAAUGCCUUCUGCUUGGACAAUGCUGGGGCACAUCAGCCCUUCUACAGUGGCAUCAGCCUCUUCAGCAACCCAGUGAAGUACUGGGAGGUGGAUCCCAAUGCUUUCCGUUGCAUCAGAAACCAGAUAGGUAUACAGUUUGGAAACGCCAGCAAGUAGAGAAAGAAGUGGUGAGUGAGAGAGGAGAAGUAGAAUAAUGAACCAAUAAAGUAACAAAAAAGUAAAAUAAUGUUAAAAGGAAAUCUCAAGAGCAAAGACAACAUUAAGAAACAGACUGUAGGGGAAAGUGGAUGAAGACUAAAGCCGCACAGAGGAUGAAUGCUAUUGUGCCUCAAGAUUCGUUCAGCUGUAAAUGACUUGUAAAGAUACCCCCCCCACACACAGAUGGACAUUUCAGAAGGUAACAGAAAAAUACCUGACUUCUUUUUGCCAAAUAGCAUUAAAUUAGUAUUUGUACACCUUCUUAUAACAGACUAAAAGACCUGACUCCCAAUCUGGCUCUGUAAUUAUUCCCGUAGUGUUUCUAAAUCUUUCAAUUUUUAAUGAAUCACUAGCGUUAGUUACAACUGUUCAAUAAAUCCUGUUACAUGAAUGUUUUACGUACAAUAAAAUAAAAACGAUAACAGUAAUGAUAAAUUCCAUUCAUCUUCCAGCAACUUAUUCUGGUUAGAGUGGCAGGAUGAUUAUAAUAAAGAACGAAUAUUCAUUAAGGUCAUUCAGUUAUCCUUCUGAGUGACAUGCUAAUAAAUAAUGUAACAAUUACAAGUUUCAUCUAAAUAUUUUGGUACACACAGAUAUAUUAUUAUUAAUAAUACAUAAUUCAAUAAUUACUCAGUCAUUGCUUUGGGAAAUCACCAUCUGAAACUAGCUCUAUUGUACUAUAGAUUUUCGGAUGUAUGUGUUUCCAGGUUGGAAAUAGUAUAAGUGUAGCAAUUAAGUACAUUUCUGCAACAUAAGGUAACGCAAUAUACAUUCUACAAGACAUGUCUAGGAUCACUUUGUUAUCAAUAACUAAAGAAACUGACAUAUGUUUAUGUAACUGUUGCAAAAAUAGCAAAACGCAAAAUAAAGUUAAAUUAAAUUAAAUCUAGAA